AAAUUAAAAUGACAGUUGUUAAAUCAAUUCUUCUUCUUCUGCUGCUUAUCAUCCAAAUUGUUGCAUGUUUGAGCAUAGAAAAUGACACCAUUUCAACCGGUGUAGUGAUCAAAGAUCCACAAUCCAUAGCAUCCCAAAACCAGAUAUUCAAACUAGGAUUCUUCACACCUCCAAACACCACCAACCGCUACUUAGGCAUCUUCUUCACCUUCUCCCAAGAAACCGUGAUUUGGGUCGCCAACAGAGACACACCCCUCACUGAUUCUUCGGGCUCCCUUACUCUCUCCCGAGGCGGAAAUAUCGUCGUCUUGGACGGGACUACUAAUCAAACCGUCUGGUCCACCAACAUCACCCCCACCACCUCUCCCGUCAUAAACUCAACCGCCCAACUCCUCGACACUGGCAAUCUCGUCUUGCGGGAAGAGGCCACGGGAGACGUAUUAUGGGAGUCGUUCUCAGAGCCUACGGAUGUGAUUGUGCCAGGCAUGACGCUGAGCCAGAACGUCAAGACAGGGAAGAUGGUGGCUCUGUCGGCGUGGAAAAACGCCUCUGAUCCCGAGCUAGGGAGGUUCACCGCCGGCCUAGACGCAUUUAGCAUCCCGCAGCUUGCCACCUGGGAUGAGGGGAGGCCACACUGGAGGAGCGGGCCGUGGAAUGGCCUCAUCUUUCUCGGGAUAAAGGAGAUGUUCUAUGCCUACUUGGAUGGUUUCACUCAAGUGACUAAUGACAGCGCGGGAAAUUUCUUCUACUCAAAGCCGCAGGAGAAUGUGUACAUAACGGCCAGCGUGAACUCAACGGGGCACGUGCUUAGGAAGGUGUGGGAUGGGGUGGCGAAGAGAUGGAACGUGGAAUGGACCGCUCCUGAAAAUGAAUGCGAUGUUUAUGGAAAGUGUGGGGCGUUUGGUAGCUGUAAUGUCGUGAAAUCUCGUAUUUGCACUUGUUUGAGAGGAUUUGAAGCAGCAAAUGAGGAUGAAUGGAGGAGAGGGAAUUGGACUAAUGGUUGUAGGAGGAGGAAGCAGUUGCAAUGUGGAGGAGAUGGAUUUGAAAGGCUGCGGUAUAUGAAGGUUCCUGACUUUGCUAAGCCCUUGCCUUCUAGGGUUCAAGACGAGUGUCGAACCACAUGUCUAAGAAACUGCUCCUGUAUAGCUUAUGCUUAUGAUGGUAACAUUGGUUGUAUGUUUUGGAGUGAUACCUUGAUUGACACUCAGGACUUUGGUAGUGUUGGUGUUGACCUCUACAUUCGCCUCUCUGCUUCUGAAUUUGAAAGUCACAAGGAGAGAAAGUUGUACAUCAUAAUUGGAGUAGCUGUGGGUUUUGUUUGCAUAUCUAUUCUGAUGUUUAUUGCUUGGUGGUUUAUAGUGAAAAGGAAAGGGAGCCAAGCGCAAGAUUCGAUUAUUUUGGAAGCAGGACAGGUGUUCACGACGGAUUCAACUGCAAUCGUACUUAGAAAUGAAUCAAAUGAAGUUAAUAUUGGCGAGUUGCCAAAGUUCACUUUUAAGAUGCUUGCUAAAGCAACAAACCAGUUCCAUGAAGAUAAUCUUCUUGGAAGGGGUGGUUUCGGUCCUGUUUACAAGGGAGUUCUGGCAAACGGGAAAGAAAUCGCUGUAAAGAGACUAUCAGCAGACUCCGGACAAGGAAUGCAAGAAUUCAUGAAUGAAGUAAUUGUGAUAUCCAAACUCCAACACAAGAAUCUUGUCAAACUGUUGGGAGGUUGUGUUGAGAAAGAAGAGAAGAUUCUGAUAUACGAAUACAUGCCAAACAAAAGCUUAGAUGCUUGUCUCUUCGGUCCUAUAAAUCCAACAAAGAAGUUGUUAGAUUGGAAUAUGCGUUCCAGCAUUAUCGAGGGCAUUGCACGAGGCAUCCUUUACCUUCACAGAGACUCAAGACUAAGGAUCAUUCACAGAGACCUUAAGCCAAGUAAUGUUCUGCUAGACCAAGAUUGGAAUCCAAAAAUCUCGGAUUUUGGGAUGGCAAGAAUAUUCGGAGGCAAUGAAGAGCAUGGAAAUACUGCAAGAGUCGUGGGAACGUACGGAUACAUGGCGCCAGAAUACGGAAUGGGAGGCAGAUUUUCUGAAAAAUCGGAUGUAUACAGCUUCGGAGUGCUGAUAUUGGAGAUUAUAAAAGGAAAAAAGAAUACACAGUAUUUCAAUGAUGAAUUGUCGUUGAGCCUUAUUGGAUAUGCGUGGAAAAUGUGGAAUGAGGGUAACGGUUUGAGUUUCGUGGAGGAAAGCAUCGCAAAUAGGGAGACGGAGGAAGAGAUAGUUCGAUGCAUUCAGAUUGGGCUACUUUGUGUCCAACAAAAUCCCAAGGAUAGACCUUCCGUUGAAAUCCUUCUGUCGAUGCUGAGUCGUGAUAUCGUGGAGCUACCAGUGCCGAACCAGCCAGCAUUUUCGGAAAAUGGUUCAACAACAGGCCCUAGUGGAUCAACACACCAAAAUGUCUUCUCCAGUAAUGAACUCACUCUUAGUGUGCUUCAUGGAAGAUGAAUCUAUUCUUCACUAUCAUUAUAUUAUCCUCUCUAUACAUUUUUAUUUCCUAAAGCUAUUGCCUAUCUGUAUU